GACAAUCCCUCGCAAUGCCUCACGCAGUGCUUCUUCGUGCAAACGGCCUGCGGGCCGGCCCGCGUCGUGUCCACCACAUUGUCCGCUCCUUCAGCACUGUGCUCGACACUCCCGUAUAUCCUGCCACCCACAAGAUACGUCCGCCAACAGGCCAGUCAUUGGUCUUCGACAGCGCACGCAAUGCAAAGGCGCCCAGGACGAAUUGGACAAAGGACGAAAUCGCUGAAAUAUACAACACUUCGCUCAUCGACCUUACCUUUGCAUCGGCCGCGGUCCACCGCCGAUUCCAUGAUCCCGCUGCCAUCCAGAUGUGCACUCUCUUCAACAUCAAAACCGGGGGCUGUAGCGAAGACUGUUCCUACUGUGCGCAGUCAUCCCGCUAUGAUACUGGACUCAAGGCUACAAAGCUGAGCUCGGUGGAUGCUGUCCUGGAAGCCGCGCGCAUCGCAAAAGAGAAUGGGAGCUCGAGGUUCUGCAUGGGCGCGGCGUGGAGAGACAUGCGCGGUCGGAAGACCAACCUCAAGAACAUCAAGGAAAUGAUCAAGGGCGUGCGUGGCAUGGGCAUGGAGGCUUGUGUGACCUUGGGCAUGGUCGAUGCCGAGCAAGCAAAGGAGCUAAAAGAGGCUGGAUUGACUGCAUACAACCACAACGUCGACACAAGCCGGGAGCACUACCCCAAUGUCAUCACAACUCGCUCUUAUGACGAACGACUCAACACUAUCAAGAAUGUCCAGGAAGCUGGCAUUCAUGUAUGCACUGGAGGCAUCCUUGGGCUCGGAGAAAAGGCACGCGAUCAUGUCGGCCUCAUCCACACGGUAGCCACCUUGCCAGCCCACCCCGAGUCAUUCCCAGUCAAUGCCCUAGUUCCUAUCAAGGGCACUCCACUGGGCGAAACAGAGGCCAUCUCGUUCGAUGCUAUUCUCAGGACUAUAGCCACUGCCCGACUUGUACUCCCGACCACCAUUAUCAGACUGGCUGCUGGCCGCCACACAAUGCGUGAGGAGAAGCAGAUUCUGUGCUUCCAGGCAGGUGCCAAUGCCGUCUUCACCGGCGAGAAGAUGCUGACGACAGCUUGCAAUGGCUGGGAAGAGGACAAGGCCAUGUUUAAGAGGUGGGGGUUGAGGCCAAUGAAGAUGGAAGAGACUAUCGGCGAACAGCGUAAGCUUCCCGGACAGGAAGAGGCUGAAGCUGUUGUCGCAGCGGCAGAGGCCGAGGCAACAGCAACAGCUCUUGCUUGAUAAUUGGCAUUGGCUCCAUAUGACUGUAGCUCAGGCUGCCCCUGAAAUGGCACCCACCGAGUAAUCUAGGAUAUGCCGUCUUGUAACAUAGUCUAGAAACAUACUCGCACUGCAUUCAGAGCUUGGCGCUCGCUGUUUU